CCUCCACUGGAAGGGACAGGGAGGCAACUUGUGCGCCUGGAUGCUAUUUGGACUUGUUUGAUAAUCCAUUCUGGGCCAAUAAAUAAGAGUUGGGGGUAAAGAGCGGGGCAGGAGGCUUUGAAGCAGAAGGCAGGGGAAGGUGUGAAAAUAAUACAGUAACAAAUCAGGAUACAGAUCAAAGUAAUGCAAAGCUGGAGCAGCAGCGAAGGGUGGGGGGAUAUUACAGAGAAGAGUGGUACAGCCUGGAAGAGCUGAGUGCCUGUAAGAGGGAGAAGGUAGCAGUGCUGCAGAGGUGACUUGUGCACAACCUGCCUGGGCUGAGCUUGCUGGGGACUGCUGGGCUCUUCCCUUCUGCAGCACCCGGGAGGAAGACAUUGCACCCAGACCUGAGGAUGCCUGUGACUGACAGUGACAGAAGGAGCAGAAGGGAGAGUGGGGGCUGGAGGAGCAGCAGCAGCAGCAGCAGCACAGCAUAAACACACUCCACUGCCAGACACAGCAAGGAUAUUCAUAGGACACCAUGCAGAAGUAGAGCAAAGGCUUACUGAUACACACACACAGACGCUUGGAAUUCAUACAAUGGGUCUCUCUCCACAGCAUGGCUGGGUCUCUGCACACACCUGACAUGUAAAUAUACAAUUCAUCCACUGCAAUCAACAUACAGUACAUGUACAGCACAUUAACAUACAGGCAGAGAGCACCCAUAUGUGCACAUACAUACCAUCACACUGUGGGGUGUGUAUAUGUAUAGAUUCAUACUAGAACACAUUGGGCUGUGUGUAUGGAUAAAUACAUUCCAGCACACAGUGGGCAUAGAUCCAUGCUAGCACAGAAACCCGGCACUGAAUCACACACACUUUGCUGCACAAGUAGAGCAAGCACCUUUGCCACUAAAUAUAAUCACUAGGGAGGGUUCUAAAUUAAGCAUUACCCCAUAUACACAUCUGCAUUGCUUCCCGCAAACCUCCCAAUUAAAUUAUAAAGAUACCUCUGUCUCAUCUUCUCUCACAUUGCAGAGACCAUAGCACACAGGGUUACAUGUAGCGGACCCACAAUUUGCAUUGACACAGGCAGAACAAAGGACAGAGAACAAAUUACCGCUCGCCCCCUGUCAACUAUUUCCUUGCGCACCUUGAACCCCUGCCCGGUCUUGUGCUACAGGAGGUGAAACCCAUUGUCAUCAUGGGUGAAGCUCAGGACUCCUCCUUCCUUCUUGUAAAUAUUUUGGAAGAUUUAGACUCUAAGCAAAACUCUGUCUCCUACCAAGACCUCUGUAAGUCCUUGUGUGCUCGGUAUGACUUACCGGAACUGGCCAAGUUACGCAGCCUUCUGUACUACACAGCAUGCCAAGAUCCUAGCUUUCCAGCAAGCCUCUUUCGAGACAAGAUGCGAAAUGCUGCAGAAAAUCAGCAGUCCAAGAAAAUAAUUGCUGCUGCCGAUAUAGUUACUAUAUUUAAUCUGAUACAGAUGAACGAAGGCGUUGCCAAAGACAAACUUCCUAUUCAACAGCAGUCUAAUCAAAAAGAAACUAUAGAUUCACACACUGAUGGCUACAGUGGAACAGAUAUAUCCCCUCACAAGGAAACUCAGAAUACUAGUCAGAGUUAUUCCAUAACUAGGAACUCCAGCUGCCACAAAGAAGAGAGAGAAGGGUGCCACACAUUUCUCCCAGAAACAAAUUUCCUACUUGGUGUUAAAAAAGAUGGCAAAGUUAGAGCGGGAUCCUUGGACAGACUGCAGAACUUAGACUCGUAUCCCAUGGUUACUCCCCAAUCCUGUGAAAUGCAAAGUACAUACUUCCCUAGCCAGCCAUUGUCUGAGCCAGAAUCCUUGCCACCCACACCAAACGAGGAACCAUUUAGGCUCUCAUCUUCUAGUGGACAAAGGAGAAAUAUUUUUAAGGACGAUUUCCAUAACAUAAGAAUUUCUCCUACGCUGAAAAAGAAUGAGGGUAAAAUAAGCCCCAAGACUGUGUUCUUUAAUCAUAGUUUUGAAAUGCCGUACAGUUCACACUAUCUGAACACUGUUUAUUCUUCCACAGAGGAUUUUCGUAGGGCUAAGCAUGAGAGUUUAGAUGAUCUUCAAGCCUCCACCUACUUUGGACCAUCUACUGGGCUUGGAUCACAAGACCUGAAAAGAGUUCCAAACAAACCAAAACAAGUUACAUCAAAGCCAGUUAAGAGCUGGAGCCUAAACAAUGAAGAGGUGCCAGACUUUGAGCGUUCCUUUUUUAACCGAAAAGAGACAAAUUUUUGCAGUAGCUUUGCAUCAGUUCCAGAGCAACCUCAUUCUUUCUUACCUGAGCUAGGAUUAAAGGCUAAUGGGAAGAAAUUUUGUGAACCUCAAGAUGUGGAAAAACAGGAAUCAGUGAGGAGAUUUAGAGAGAAGAAUACAAAACUUCCUGCAUGCCAAUUCAGUGUAGACAAAACAGAAAGUGUUGGAACCCAGACAGAACAGUCCGAGGCCAAAAAAGGAAAGGAGACCGCUCCUUCUAAUUGUGGUCGGUAUACAGAAGGAAGGGCUCGUAAUCAAUCCGAAGCAGAUUCUGAAAUCAUUAGCGAUGAUAUCAGUGAUAUAUUCCGUUUCCUAGAUGAUAUGAGUCUUUGUGGUUCUUCUGGAAUCCCUCAGUCUUCCUGCUACAAUAGCAGUGGCUCCUUGGUUCAAGUUGCCAGAUUAGAACCUGAGAGCUCACCUGAACACGGUCCUAACAGAACCAAUAAACCAACCAAGGGCCCUCGGACAGAGACGGGGGAGGAAGAGGAGCUUAAGAGCAGUGUGAGGAAACUUGUUAGGAGGAUUGGGGAGAUUGAAAAGAAAUUGGAGUCACUUUCUGGUGUGCGUGAUGAAGUAUCUCAGGUGCUGGCCAAACUAAAUAUACUGGAUGAGAGAAUACAGCCGCCACCAGACAAAAUGAAAGGGGAAGCCGAGAGUCUGUCUCACAACAGUGAUGUAAUAAAUAGCAACAGAGCCUCCCCCAGUUCAUUCCAUGAUCAAAAUACCCACAAUGGAAAAGGGGAGAGCAAACCGGAGUGUUAUUGCUCUGAUAUCAAUAAUACCAGCGAAAGCCUUCGAGUUAAAGCUCUAAAAAAGAAUCUCUAUAGUCAGAGAACAGUACGUUCAUUAAGUGAGGAAAUUUCUUCAAGUGAACCUAAGAUAGGCAGUGCUUCACAUGACUGCAGGUCUUGGGCAUUCCCUAAACAAACUAGCAUCUCUGAGGAGGACAAAAAGGACAAAGGGGCUCAUAACAGCAAAGACUGGUACCGCAAGUCUAAAGAGGUGGAUCGCCAGCAUGAAAUACCUCAUCUCCAUCGGAUGCCCAAAUCCCAUAAGGAUUCAUUUAUGGUGGAACAGGUGUUCAGCCCCCAUCCAUACCCGGCAUCUCUCAAGUCACACAUGAAAAGUAAUCCUAUCUAUACAGAUAUGCGUCUGACAGAAAUGGCAGAGGUAAAGCGUACCCAGCCAUCAUGGACAAUAGAGGAAUAUGCACACAACUCAGGCGAGAAAGGGAGAUUGACAGCGCUUGAUCUUCAGACGCAAGAGUCUCUGAAUCCCAAUAAUCUCGAGUUCUGGAUGGAAGAUAUCUACACGCCAGGAUAUGAUUCUCUUAUAAAGAGGAAGGAGGCCGAGUUCCGACGAGCUAAAGUCUGUAAGAUGGCUGCUCUUAUCACUGCAGCCGCCUGUACUGUCAUCCUGGUGAUUGUUGUUCCUAUAUGCACCAUGAAGUCCUAAUUUCAAACGGGCAGAAACCCCUCUGCUAUCAAUUUAUCUGUGUUUCUGUCCAUGGUGCCAGGGACAUGUGAAGAUAAAAGCCAUUAUAUAACAAAUAACAGAGAUAAAACAUAAGUGAUUACUCUAAUGCAAUUCUACCCAUGUAGGACCUACUGUGAACAUAUUGACAGCAUUCGGCAAUGUAUAAUACGAGUAAGAAACACCAGGGAAAAAUUAGUAGUCUAACUCUAUAAUACUUUGUGGCCUACAGAGUUUUGUACCUUUUAAAAUGCUACUUAACUUUAGAGACCACGUGUUGAUCUUCUUAUCUGGUCAACAGCUUUGAUUGUUCUGCCAAGAAAAUGGUGAUGUCAACUUUUGGUUUCCCAUGUCCCUUCAUACUGCAGCUAAAGGAGAGGAUUUCAAGUACCUUAUCUUCCAUCUGUUUCACUCAUAACUGGACUUAUUUAGACUUGAGCUACAGAUAGUAUUUUUGUUCUACUGAACAUUUUUUUAG